CCUCCAUAAUCCAUGCGCGGGCGGCACCGCCAGCAGGGCUGGCGCGGCGCUCUGAGGCGGAGCGGAGCGGGCUGUGCCCGGAGCGGGCUGUACAGUGCCGGCCGCCUCCGGAUCGCUGUGCCCGCUUGGCCGAGAUGGUGCGCUGAGUCAUUUCCACAAGAGGCUGCUGUACCACUCUGAAGUUGGAAUACAUUAAAGAAUUGAAGGUGUGAGAGUGCACCACUGUUCUCCUGGCUAAAAAGCUGCCCCCCAACUGAAUGUAUUGAAGAUUUCUAGACUUGGUUGGACAAAUAUCUCUACCUCCAGUUUUAUGAAUACUGCUAGCUAUGGCUGUGGAACUCUGUUUGCUCCUGCUGCUGUUUUGUGGAAAUACUAUUUCAGAGGUGCAGCCUAUAUACAAACCACCUCCUGGGACUUUGGAUUUUGGAUUUGUACCAUCCAAGACGUAUGAUACAGGUGCAUACCAUGAACCUGGGUCAAUAGGAAUUUUGUUUAAAAUAGUACAUGCAUUCCUGUACUUAGUGCAGCCAAAUUCUUUUCCUCAAGAUCUCAUCAGAAAAGUAGCACAGCAGCAGUUGGGAAAUUCACGGGGCGAUUAUCAAAAGCCAGAAAAUGUUGUCCUGACUCUUCAGGCCAUCUACUAUGAAAUCGGUUUUAUAGUCUCCGCAGCCUUGGGAUUGCUAUUUAUUUUGUUACUGCCUCUUGUGGGACUUUGCUUCUGUAUGUGUCGUUGCUGUGACAACUGUGGUGGGGAAAUGCAUCAAAGACAGAAGAAAAAUGCUGACUGUCAGAGGAGCUGUUUUGCAACAUUUCUUUUUGUUGCUUCUUUAAUAAUAAGUGUUGGAGUACUCUGUGCAUAUGCUGCCAACCAGCAUUUAACUAACCAAGUCCGAGGAGCAAAGAAACUGGUUAACAGUAAUUUUAAAGAUCUGAAAAUUUUCCUUAACGACACUCCAGCGCAAAUUGACUAUUUGGUGAGCCAGUACAACACAGCUAAGGAUAAAGCACUCUCUGACCUAAAUAAUGUUGGACCUAUGCUUGGAAUCAGAGUUCAAGAACAGCUGGGAAAAGAAGUACGUCCUGCACUUGAUGCAGCUCUGUCAAUGGCAGGAGCCAUCAGAGAAACAAAGGAAGCAUUGGAAAAUGUGAGUGUCUCUGUAGAGGUUCUGCAGGAGGGAACAGAGAGGCUUCACACAAACUUGACAGAUGUUAAAAUGCAUCUCAGCAACACCCUCAAUGACUCCGCGUGCAAUGCAGCUCAGGCUGCCUCCACCUGCAAUAUCAUCAGGAAUUCAUUAAGUCAACUGAACGUCAAUGCCAAUUUCAGUGGGUUGCCAGGAGUGAGCUCACAGCUUGCAAAGGUCAAUGAUGUCCUUAAAAUAGACCUUUCUAGUCUCGUUCAAAAGGGCUAUGCAGCUUUUAAUGAUACUCCAGAUUUAGUGGUGAAUCAAACCAGGAACAUUUUAUCAGCUGUUCCUUAUAUCAAAAGCAUGCUGGAAUCCAUUGGUUCAAAUAUUACUACCUUCACAAAAGCGCUCCCUGUUGAGAAGAUUUUAGCAGAUUUGAUGGUAUAUCUUACACAGAGUGAGGCCUAUGUUCAAGAUUAUUUUCCACUCGUGGAACAGUAUGAUUUCUACAGGUGGCUGGGAUGUCUCAUUCUGUGCUGCAUGGUGGUCCUGAUUCUGGUCUUUUACUAUCUUGGAUUGCUAUGCGGCACCUGUGGUUAUGAUAAACAUGCUUCUCCAACAACCAGAGGCUGUAUCUCCAACACCGGAGGAAACUUUCUUAUGGCCGGAGUUGGAUUCAGUUUUCUGUUCUCAUGGGUGCUGAUGACUGUAGUGGUGCUCACUUUUGUCACAGGUGGAAAUGUAGAAAAACUGGUCUGUGAGCCCUUUGAAGAUAAAAAUUUAUUCAAGGUUUUGGAUACACCUUACUUACUAAAUCAGCACUGGAAGAACUAUCUUGCUGGCAUCCUCUUUAAAAAUCCAAAUGUUAACUUGACUUUUGAAAAAGUGUACAGUGAUUGCAAGGAAAACAAAGGAAUUUAUACUUCCCUUCACCUGGAAUACCUGUUCAAUAUCAAUGAGUUUCUAAAUGUUAGUAUGUAUACAGAAGAUGUAGCACUUAAAAUUGAACAUAUUCAGAUAAACCUCAGCAAAAUCAUUCUGCUGGAUGAAAUUGGGAAGGAGAAUCUUCUGAAUUUCAGCUCUUCGGGAAUAGAUGGGAUAGACUUUUCAGCAUAUUUGACAGAGAUCAAUAAAAGUGUUACCAAGGUUGAUCUUCUCUCCUUUGCUAAUGACUUAGAAGCAAGAGCAGACCAGCUGCCAAAGGGAGCACUGGAAAAUGCCUUAAAAGGACACGCAAACAGCAUUCGGAUGAUUCAUAACCAGCAAGUCGUUCCACUGGAGCAAGCUAUGAAAUAUGUUAAAGCUAGGAGCACUUUAAACCAGAGCAUUAGGUUACUGAAGAGAACAUCAUCUGAACUUAUGGUUAAGGUGAAAAAUGUCAUUAGUGCUGUUAAUACUGCCCAGUUUCUCAUAAAUAACAACGCUUCUCAAGUUAUUGUCCAGGAGACAAAAAAGUACAUGGAUACCAUAGUUGGCUACUUUGAGCAAUACACUGAGUGGGUCAAGGAGUCGAUUGCCAUGGAAGUAGCAGCAUGCAAGCCUAUUGCCAAUGUGAUAGAUACAGCAGUAGAUAUUUUUUUAUGCAGCUAUAUAACUGAUUCUGUGAAUACCUUCUGGUUUGGUUUGGGAGGCUCUUCAAUGUUUUUAAUUCCUGCCAUAAUAUUUGCUGUAAAACUCUCUAAAUACUAUCGUAGAAUGGAUACAGAGGAUGUGUAUGAUGAUUCCUCUGUCUCAGGGACUUGGCAUUUUACUUUAUGAUAACUAUUCUUACGUAUUUUCCCAUCAAUUUUGUUUUUAUUGUUUUCUUUUCUGCUCUUUGUUUUGCUCAUUGUUCAUUUAGCCUGUGCACUGCAUUUCUCACAUUUCACACUGGUCGUGUUUCAUCACACAUUUACAAGUCAGUAGAGCAGAAACAGCCAUGUACAGCUAAAAUUACUCUCUUAUUAGUGUCUAGUUAAUUACUCCUCCUUUUCUCUG